CCGGCAAUCCUCUCAGCUUACCCGGAUGUGAGCGAUGUUGUCGAGGUUCGGGUUUACAAAUUUUGGACGAAGAUUUGUUCAUUCGCAGUUACAGCCGCGAGUCGACAUUAUGCUACCGCCUGGUACGUUUAGUGAUCGUGUGGCUUUGAUUACUGGCGGUGGCACAGGUCUUGGCAAAGCAAUGGCUACAACCAUCUCUCGCUUGGGCGCAACUGUAGCACUUCUCAGCAGAAAAUUGGAUAUCCUGCAAAAGACAGCUGAAGAAAUUUCAAGUGAAACAGGAAACAAGGUGCUGGCCCUUCAGGCUGAUGUUCGUAAUCCUGACGCGGUUAAGUCUGCAAUUGAUACUUGUGUUUCUGAUGUCGGCUUGCCAAGCAUUGUUAUCAAUAAUGCUGCUGGAAAUUUUAUCUCACCUACACAACGACUCUCUGCAAAUGCUUUCAAAACUAUUGUUGAUAUUGUACUGCUUGGUACGGCAAAUGUCAUACUGGAUGUUGGGAAACGACUCAUUAACAGUAGACAAGGAGCAUCGUUUCUUGCAAUUACGACUACAUAUACAAACUUUGGUUCUGGAUUUGUCGUGCCUUCUGCUGCUGCCAAAUCUGGUGUUGAAGCUCUCACCAUGUCUUUGGCUUCCGAGUGGGGAAGGUAUGGCAUGCGUUUCAAUGCCAUAGCACCAGGACCGAUACAAACCAAAGGAGCAUUUAGUCGUCUUGAUCCUACCGGGAAGUGGUCCAAACAAGUAUUACAUAGAAUACCAACGGGAAGACUAGGACAGCCAUUAGAGAUAGCCAAUUUGGCUGCUUAUUUGGUUAGUGAUUAUGCCAGCUGGAUUACAGGCGAAAUCGUGACGUUUGAUGGAGGGGAGCUGCCAUUUUCAGCUGGAGAAUUUAACCAUUUGACUGAGGUAACUGACCAAGAAUGGGAUGAGCUAGAGGCAAUGAUCAGAAAUGUGAAAGGGUCAUAAGGUGUAGAAGUCAACCGUACACUAAUGUUUCAUUGAAUUGUUAUGAUACAGUAUAUUUUUGAUGUCAUUCUGGUGCAAUUGAACGUUCUACCGAGUA